AAUAUAUCCUAUCUCCUCCUAGCCUUUUGAAUCCUGAAAAGAGAAAAUGGCAGUCACUGAAACAAACACAAAGAGCUCUCUCCACACUCGAUGCAACAGCUUGCCCUCCGCACCUCACCCUCUCAUAUCACAACAUGAGGAGCAUCUGCAAAGAUUGAAGGACUCUCAAGCCACUUCUUCAAUUUCAUCAUCUUCACUUUGCCACAAACUUGAUGGUUUGCUGGAUUUGCAUGAUUGCACCGAUAAGUUGCUCCAAUUGCCAAUCAAACAACAAGUCUUAGCAAGAGAGUGCAGCGACAAAUGUGUUGAUGACAUCCUAGAAGGGUCUCUGAGGCUCCUGGAUAUCUGCAAUACAGCUAAAGAAUGCUUACUGAUAUCAAAAGAAAGCAUACAUGAACUUCACUCAGUCAUCAGAAGAAGAAAAGGCGAUGAAACUGUUUUCACAACUGAGGGUGGAAAAUACUUGGCUUCAAGGAACAAGUUGAACAAGGCAGUAAGAAAGUCCUUGAGAAAUUUGAAAGACAUAACAAAUGAGUCUGCAGUUUUCCCCUCAAACAAAGAUAAUGAUGACGCUUUAUCCGUGCUUAGUAUCUUAACAGAAGCAGAAGAGGUCACGGUGAGAUUAUUAGAAUCUCUGUUGUUGUUUAUCUGUGACCCCAAGGGACAACCAAAGCAGAGCAGAUGGUCAGCAAUCUCGAAGCUGAUGCAACCUAAAAGAGUGGUUUGUGACUCUCAAGAAUCACUCGCAAAUGAAUUUGAGAAGGUGGAUGCAGCUUUGCGGUCUCUACUCAGUCACAAGCCUUCAUCUAUUGAUUGUUUUCUAAGCCAUUUUGAAAAUUUGGAAAUGUGCAUUCAGGAUUUAGAAAUAGGAGUUGAACACCUCUCAAGAAAACUAGUUAGGAAUAGAGUUUCUCUUCUCAAUAUCUUCAACCACUAAUCAUAGAACAUCUCUGAUUUUUGUGAACUCAAUUUUGACCACAUGAGUACUCUCUCCCAAUUGUAUAUUAAUGUGAAUAAAUUUUUUUUUCUGCAGAACAUAUGUUAAUUAAU